GGCCGACACAGCUCCGGAUCAAAGGGACUGGUCCGACAAAUUGCUCUGGAGAAAUCUCAUAUCUGAGCAGCCUGUAAAUGGCUGGGGCUUCAAAUGUACUUGGAAGUGGAACUUCGUUUGCCAAAUUGUUGCCAUGCAGAGGCGAAGCUCUGAGUCUUGACCUUCCGUGUCAGAAUCUCUGCUCAGCUCACACGAUUUACUUAGGGACCAUGCGUGCUCUCGUGUGCAACCGCUUGGGGGAUCCCACUCAGCCCCCAGCUCCUGGUGCUGUCCUCUCGGUGGACACCAACCAUAAGCCCCCACAGCUGCCCAAAGAUGGGGUGCGCAUCAAAGUGGCGGCGGCUAGUGUCAACUUCGCAGACACGUUGCUAGUGCAGGGGAAGUAUCAGGAGAAGCUGCCGCUGCCGUUCAUUCCAGGCUCUGAGGUGUCCGGAACUGUGACCGAAGUGGGACCCAAGGUUUCCCGAGUUCGCGUAGGCGACAAGGUCUGCGCCGUUCUCCUUGGAGGGGGCGCUUUUGCGGAGGAGGCAGUGGCCAACCAGAGUGCGGUGUUCCCCCUACCCCCUGGAAGCGACGAAGUGGCGGCUGCGGGGUUGCCUGUGGCUUUCGGCACGUCGCAUCUGGGACUCAUCUACCGGGCACGUCUCCAACCGGGCCAGAUGCUUUUAGUUCUGGGCGCCGGCGGGGGUGUCGGAACGGCCGCCGUUCAGAUCGGGAAAAAGGUCGGGGCGACGGUGAUUGCCGUCGCUCAGGGGGGCGAGAAAGCGUCAAUGCUCCGCGAGCUGGGCGCAGACUGCGUCGUUGACACCGCGCAGACCCCGGACCUGAGAAAAGAGGUGCAAAAGUAUCUGAAGGAGCGAGGAGCGAAGGGGGUGGACGUCGUUUAUGAUCCGGUGGGGGGGAAGCAGUUCAAGGACGCGCUACGAGUGGUGAAAUGGGGGGCGCAGAUCGUGAUUAUUGGUUUUGCGAGCGGGGAGAUCCCGGCGGUCCCGGCGAACAUUGUCAUGGUUAAGAACGUAACCGUGCACGGUUUGUACUGGGGUUCGCACAUGCAGCAUGCCCCAAAAGUGCUGCUCGAGUCGAUGAAGGAACUGAUGGGGUGGUAUCGGGACGGAAGCAUUAAGGUACAGGUGUCGCAAAAGUAUUCGCUGGAAGAGGGGCAUAAGGCGUUUGCGGCGCUUAUGCGGCGAGAGGCUCGGGGGAAGGUUUUGGUGCUGCCGGGGGGUGGAGGGGCAAGCAAAAGUUCAGGGGGGGAGGAGAUGGGGGCGCCGGUGUUGGGGUGGGCUGGGGGGGCCUCGAUGACGUCGAAGUUGUAAGCCGCGCGCGAUUUGUUUGAUCUGCUCUGUUUCAUAACCGAGUUCGGAAGUGUCAAGAGCAGAUUUUAAAACCUGGCCGUAACCUUACUGUGUACAAUAGUAACAUAGAAACAAAAACGGAGGGCUUUGAACCGUACUAUCGGUAACAGUCACCAAGCAUUCGAAAGGCUUUUGAGGGGCAAUCUGUACUCCACAAUUAGGCCGCCAACGAUACAAACAUAAGGACGAGAUCAUCCUUUUGGUGUCCAGCACAGUUCAGUGUACAGACUGAUAUGCAGCGAUCCAUUGGCCAAGCCUUGAAUCUGCAUGUUGACAAUGAGCAUUCAAUGUUUGAUUACUGACUCGUCGACCGCGCGAGUCUGACCUUACAUAGCUUUGAACCCAAUCCCGAUUCAAGAUCCAUUGCGAGGCCGC